AUGGCUCCCUUUCAAACUCUCUGCAUUUUGUUCAUCUUUUCUAUUUGCGGAAGCUUUUCGUUCGCUGCAGUCACCCUAUUUCUUGAUGGUCUACUAGAAAUCGGUAACUUUGAAGAAGGACCAAAGGCAUCAAAUCUAAAGAAAACAGUGAUCAUAGGAAAACACUCCUUGCCCAAAUGGGAGAUUGAUGGUAUAGUUGAGUACGUCUCAGGUGGACCACAACCUGGUGGUUUUCGCUUUGCAAUUCCUCGUGGGGCUCAUGCAGUGAGGCUUGGAAAUGAAGCUGCCAUAUCUCAGCAUGUCAAGGUGAAACCUAGAGCAAUCUAUUCUUUGACCUUUUCAGCCACCAGGACUUGUGCCCAAGAUGAGGUGCUAAGGGGUUCUGUCCCUGGAUUCUCAAGUCAACUUCCCAUCCAGACAUUGUACAGCAGCGAUGGUGAUGAUACUUAUGCCUGGGCUUUUAAGGCUGCUUCUGAUGUUGUUAAGGUCACAUUUCAUAACCCGGGGGUUCAAGAGGAUCCAACCUGCGGACCUCUCCUGGAUGCUGUUGCCAUCAAGGAGAUAUUAAGCAAUGGGCACACUAGGGGUAACUUGGUAAGAAAUGGUGGAUUCGAAAACGGCCCUCAUGUAUUCAAGAAUUUCUCGACUGGGGUUCUACUCCUUCCAAUGACGUCUGACUCUUACUCAACAGUCCCCGGGUGGAUUGUCCAACACCUCAAACCUGUUAAAUACAUCGAUUCCAAGCAUUUCUUUGUUCCACAAGGAAAUGCGGCCAUUGAAUUGAUUGGAGGAAGGGAAACUGCAAUAGCACAGAUUAUAAGAACAGUGGUUAACAAGUUCUACCUCCUUUCGUUCACGAUUGCUGAUGCAAAGAACGGUUGUCAUGGAGAGAUGAUGGUUGAAGCUUAUGCAGCAAAGCAAACUCUGAAAGUUCCAUUCAGCAUGACUGGAACUGGUGGAUCUAAGAGAGCAAGAUUCAAAUUCCAAGCAAUUUACAACAGAACAAUGAUAAGUUUUUACAGCCCAUUUUAUCACAUGAACAUUCAUGACUAUGGUCAAAGAUGCGGUCCUUUCCUGGAUGAUGUUAAAGUGUUCCCUUUCAAAUAG